GCGCUGGACCCCGACAGCGACUCCGACUCUGACGCCGAGGACUCCGACGACAGGCCAGAGUACGCCGUGCUGGACAUGAACGUGCCGCGGACCGCGCUGGUCAUAAACGUCUCGCACGUCCUGAAGCGCCUGAACGGGUGCUGCAGCCUGAACCAGUUGACGAAGAGCAUCAAGAGCUUCAAGGAAAGUACAGGCGUGACGCUGGAGGCGUUCCUGCGGGCGCACCCCAACAACUUCAAGCUGGAAGGGCGGAUCGUCUUCCUCGUGGACCGCGACGGCAACAAGUGGGAGCCGCCGAUGGACGCCAGAAAGGGCGAGGUGGCGGUCGUGAAGGGAAAGGGCAAGGGCAAGGCCAAGGACGGCCGCUCGCUACUUCUCGCGGCCGACGCCCGGUGGGAGGGCGGAGUUUCUAGAGGCAUUGCGGGUGGAAGGGUCGCCCUCGGCAUGGCAAUAUUGGGCAUCUGGAGCCCCCAGGGCUGCUCGGUGGCACACUGGGAACCGCCCCCCGAAUUUGUGGCGAGAUCUCCAGGGAGUGCGUUACAGAGCGACCCGUGGUCAAAAAGGGGUGGCCGCUUCUCGCACUGUGUUCAAGGCAUGCCGUAA